AUGGGUGAGAGUCACCACUCUAGCCUCUCUGCCUAUGGCCAAGGACCGCCGAGCUCACACGCGCCGUCAGAUGCAGCUCCGCAACUCUACGCUCCCUCGAUAGCCUUGCGAUCCUCGGCCAACGCCGGCCCAAAAGCUAAGCGGCGACCUUGGUCAGCGGGCCACGCGAGCUCGCCAAAGCCUUUCGGGUCAUUUAGGAGCACCGGCUCCCCAUUACUCUUCCAGAAUACCAAACAUUCUCAUCCUACCCCGCCGAGCUCAGAAAGUGGCGCUUUCGGCAGCGAGCAGCAGAAGCAGCAGCAGCCGCACUCCUCGAGCAGGCUCGGGUCCGAUAGUCAGUCCGACGUCUUCAGUCCUCUAGCUAUGACCACCAGCGCCGGUCCGUCUUCUGACGUUUCACCGCCCAAAGCCAGGGUGAGGAUGGCGGGAAGGGGCGGAGCUGGGGCUAUCGCGCCGGCCAACAUUUAUGCCACCAAUGGCGGCGCGGCAGUCAACCCCUCCGCCGGAAGCAGCUCCACUGCAAGUGCAGCUGGCCCAUCGCGCUCUAAUACAUCCGACUCGAACAGUCGUCUCCUUGCUGGGAUGCCCUUGUCUCCAAUCUCAACUUCCCAUCGCGAAGGACGAUCAACAGAACGAGGCAGCGGCCCUUACGUUCAUGUGUCACGAUCAAAGUCCCGCGGCCGCUACGAGCAGACAUUCACUCAAUCGAAGACGUCCUUGAUGGACGGGGCGCGCCCAUCCCUGGAAACGAGAAAGUCCUCAGACACAGACGUCACCUGGCUCGAUGCUCCCUCACGUCCAGUGAGAAGUCCUGCUUGGGCGGAAAUGCCACAGCCAGAGCCAUGCGAUGAGCUUCAGGAUCAGCCCUUUCCCGUUAGACUCGGCCUCAUCCCUCCAUUCUCUCAAGCCGAGCUUCGACAAGCCCAGACAGCCAGUCCUGCCGCUCCCUUUCGCAGCCAGGCGGGCUCGACCGGAGCUCGGUAUGUCGAUGGCUACUACCUCUAUAAUCCACCUCCGAAGAUCAGGAGGCCAGCCACUGCCUCAAGAGAGAAUUCCGGCAACAGUGGAGGUGCAGCCAUGUCUACGUCCAGCCUGGACACUUUGACAAGGAGGACAGAGGAAGACGAGCGGCCGCGAUCAACAUUACACAAGAUGCCCUCGAUCCACCCGCUCAGCAACGGGGGCAUGCGGUCCUCGAUGAAACAGCAUGACGUGCUCGCAGAAGAGAGCGAAGAUCCAGCAUUAUCGUCCGCCCGCUGGGAGCUGGACGACUACUUUGUCUUUUCAGACUAUCGGACCAUUACCGGCGCCAAGAGGAGAAUGAGGUAUCAUGGCUACCCCAAGGCAGUGGUGCCAUACAUUCUCACCCACGGCUCUGAAGCAAUGAGAAGCGAGCUGAUCUUGCAUAGCGUCACGUAUGAGGCCUUGACGCAAAGGCAUAGCCUCAUACCUUGGGGCGACGCACAUCCCACAAAGGUGCUGGACCUCGGUACAGGUUCCGGUGCAUGGUGUGUUGAUGCCGCUCGGGCUUGGAAGAAUGCAGAAUUCAUCGGCUUGGACGUGGUACCAUGCCAGACGCCGUUGGACCAGCUCAAGGACUCUGAUCUACAGAAGAGGGUCUCCUGGGUCGUGGCCAACUUUCUAGAGGAGCUGCCCUUUCCCACGGCAUCUUUUGAUUUCGUCCACGUACGCUACAUUGGUGCAUACUCCAUACAAGAGAACCAAUGGGAUGCCUUCCUGACCGAGGUGACAAGGGUACUCAAGCCCGAAGGACGUCUAGAAUUGCUCGAGAACAAUCUCACCUUUGUGGGCAAUGUGACACACGUGUCUGUAGCAAAGAUGCGCAAGGCAGCCAGUGGUCAACCUCAGGUCGGGAGUCUCACUGAGCAAGUGCCUCAGCCACCCCGCCAAUUCGGCGCGGUAGAAGAUGCCAUUGAGAGGCUCCUGUCCCGACGGUUCAUCAAUUCGCAAGUCUUGUCGGUCAUUCCAACUUCUCUCAUUGUCUCCGAUUUCCGGGACCUACAAAUCGGCAAUCCUCGUAGGAUGCCCCUCUUAGUCGAUCCUCACGAUAGAGCAACGAUCACCCAGACAGACCCGAGCAAGAUCGACUGGACCAAGCACUUUACUUCUCGAGCACAGAUUGGUCAAGGUCUUUCGAAUAGCGGCUUUGCACCAAAAGACGUCUCUGGAAUGCUCAAUCUGCUCACUGUCCACAGAGCGGAGCUCUUCUCCUCGAUGCGCGAUCUCCUGUGGCGAGAGGCCGAGGAAGAAAAGCAUACUCUCUUGACUCGAGCUGCUGGCCACCUGGGCCAGGGAAGGAUGACGGGCACUACGAGUGAGGCAUCCCAUGCCUCCUGGGCCCAUCCGUGGAAGAAUCGCGCCGCCUUCGAUAAAGAGCUGGACUCUCUGCGUGACCUACUGUGGAAAAGGGCAGACUGCGGCUCCCUUAUCGCAGGGGCUCUCGGCUGGCGAGAAGGGGAGUUGGAAUCCGUCGAGGGUAGAAAGAUGGCGACACGCAAGGAAAAGAUGACAAAGGGCAUCAACAAUGCGGCACCUUCGCUUGGCUCAGUUGCGAGUGAGCAUGGCAGCAUCUCCGACGCAGGUACCAAUGAAUCCGCUCUACCCCGGCAUCUGUCGCAAGACUCAGGCGCAGACAUCUCUCCCACCUCUUCUGGCAUUCCACCAGCAGGGGGUGCAGCGGGCACAACUGGAGAUAGGUCCUCCUCUCCCCAGAGGAACGCGCGUGGAUCACCCGAGGUGUACACGCCCGUCGCACCACCUGCAGGUCGCAGAGCCAGCUCAGCAUUAAGUAUGUCACCAGCAAUCAGAGUCAAGCCUGCACAUUCUGUGCCUCCUCGUCCCUCCACUUCAGGCAGCGCAGGUGUCUUUGGCGAUCCGAGAGGCGGGCCCCUCAAUCAGCCCGUUUCUAACUUCCCGGGAUCAGACACGCCUUUCACCGUCUCUGAUGCUCGCCGGACAUCAAAGGUGUCUUCUGCAGCUAGCGCUGGUCCGGAGGACAAGGAGGAGGAAACCGCUGUGCCCGCAAUGAGCCAGAGGCGAGCCUCCUCUGUCGCUGCCUCGGUAGAGGGGCCUCCUGCACGCAAAGACUCACCCGCUGAACCGAGCUACAUCGGUGUGCUAGGCUUCUUCGAAUCGACCGGCUUCACAGCCAAGGGCAAGGCGGACGAGUCGAGUGCGGCUAUCCCCAGACCCUUUGGGGGGAGAGCGCCUUCAUUCUCUUCGCACAAAGGCGGUGCUGAUGGACCGAAUUCGGGAGUUGGGGCCAUGGGAAUGGCAAAUGCAACGCCCAGCCAGCGGGCUUCGAGAUUACAGCCGCAGUCACAGUCGAGGAAUUCCUCGCCUCAACCUUCUGCAGCUACAGCGGGCGGUACAUCUGCUCCUCCUUCUCCGGAGAUACCGACGAGUGCAACUGCUGCUGCUGCUGCCACACCACCGGGCAGUAAUCAAGCGGGUGCUCCGUCUUGA